AGGUACCUAAGGUACCUAACCUAGCAGCCUAAAAGUACCUAGUUAACCUACCUAACAUAACUUACCAUUCAAUGUUCGCAUUAAAUUAUUCCAACGUUUUAUCUGCCUUGUGCAUAUUUAAAGCUAUACCUGUUAGGUGCUUAUCGUAACAACGCGGCCGCCAAUGCUAAUGCUAAUGCGCGCUGAAAGCAUCCCAUCGCUAGAAACAAUUUAGAGAUUCCUUGCUGAUUGCUGGCUGUCUCAGCUCGUCAGCCUUUUUCCCUUCCUCCACCACUACGAUUCACUUUCCUCCCUUUGUCAUCCAACCAGCCUACCUAGGUUACCUUAAUCUAAAUUCCAUUAUCUAUCAACCUCUAGUUCCUCUCCUCGAAAUAUUCAAUAACAAUAUCGAAUUGUCUUAAUUGCCUAAGAUUGCGCCUAUAACUUAUUCGUUUUCCCAUCUCGUUCCAGCGCGGGCUCGCUCCGUUUACGCCUCCUUACGCUUGAAUUAUUAAUAUUUGAACGUCGGCCGCGAUCAAAGAUGGUGCUGUUGUCAGAUUCGUCGUCAAUCAGCUCUUUAUCAUCCGACUCGCCUGAAGCCGACAACGAUUUCGAUGAUACCGGCGUCGUUGAUGAACCAGCGCCCCCUCCCUUCAAACGACAGAAGCUAGGCGACAGAUCGAGAGCUUCUUCCUCCAUUCAUAUAGAACCCGAGCCUGAACAAGAAUCAGACCAUGAUCUCGAUGGCGAUAUCUCGUCAGACACUUCGGGUGACAUACCCAAUUCCCCCAUCAAUGCUAAACUCGAUGAGGACGAAUUCCAGGAGCAGGUCACGGUAUGCGCCUGGGACGGAUGCAGAGUAGGCGACUUGGGGAAUAUGGACAGGCUGGUUGAGCAUAUUCAUAACGACCAUAUCGAGAGCCGUCAGAAAAAGUAUACUUGCGAAUGGAUUGGCUGCCCGAGAAAGAGUUUACCACAUGCCAGUGGCUACGCAUUGAAAGCUCACAUGAGAAGUCACACAAGGGAGAAGCCAUUCUACUGUUAUUUGCCCGAAUGUGAUCGUGCAUUUACAAGGUCCGACGCAUUAGCGAAACAUAUGCGAACAGUCCACGAGACCGAGGCUUUGCGGCCAUCCGAUCCCGUACCCAAAUCAAUGCAGACCCAGUCCGGCCCUAAGUCCGGAAAGCUGAAGAUCAUAAUCAAGACCCCGCAGUCGCACGCCGCAGGUCAAGACGAUGCCGUGGACGAUGGGGAUACCGGCUCGGACAUAGCAGACUUCUUUACACCAUUGACGGAACAACAGGGCUUCUCCAGCAAGGAGCUUACCAUGGAUAUGAAAUCUCUGUACAAGCUGUGUGUGGCAAAUCUCAAGUGGGUGACGAAAGAUAGCGAGACGCUGAAGCGACAGUGCAAACAGAUGGAAGAGGCAUACAGGCAGGAGUGGCUAGAGAAGGAGGCCCUGUUAGACCAAGUCAUCCAAAUCGAAGAAGAUUGGUGGCAACGACGCGAGUUGGUUCUCGAGGCAGAGGCAAAGACUCGAAUAGCUAACAAGGGAGAGGAAAGUGCUGCGUUGGAGGAUACUCAGGAUAACGCCAACGGCUCGCAGGUUACUGCGGCCAGUUUAAGCCAACUCACAGACUAAAGGCUUGAAGAGAACCCCCCUUUCAAAAUAGUAAUGAAAAGGCAAUGCCAUGUAGUCUACAUAUAUUCGUGGAUUACAGAAGGGACUUUAAAUGU